AACGUCAAACCCUAAACAUUUCCUUCCUUUUCUUUUCUUUACUUUCGCUUGUUUAUGUGUAGAAGUACGGCAACUCUGUCAUUUACGAACAACUACGCGUUUCAAUUUCUUAUCUUUCCUGGAAAUUUCUGACCCCUAAUUUGUGUUUUGAGUUUUGAAACUUCUUUCAGGCGAAUCCGAGUUUCAUAUUUUGGAGUAAGCGGUUUUUUUUGUUCUCCAAGGAUCUAUCUCUUUAGCUGAAACUUGACAAAAUGGCUCGUCCACAAGACCCUCCACGCGGUUUCUUCCCCUUUGGAAACCCGUUCAAGAACCUAUCUUCAAAGAACCCAGUACUCACCACAAAGCUUCUCUCACUGUUGACCAGUUUCGAGGUGAACUUAGCAUCUUCGAUUAGAAAGCUUGUCCCCAAGGAAAAGAGCGAAGUCCUGACUGUUUCAUGGAUGAAGCAAGCAAUGGAAUCUCUUUGCGAGACCCAUAAUGGUAUUAAGACUCUUAUAACCGAUCUAGAGCUUCCGGUAUCAGAUUGGGAGGAUAAAUGGGUCGAUGUGUACCUCGACAUAAGUGUGAAGCUCCUUGAUCUCUGCAAUGCCUUUAGCUCAGAGCUAACCCGUCUCAACCAAGGUCAUCUCUUUCUCCAGUUUGCUUUGCAUAACUUGGAGACAAACUCUCCUCAGAAUCUGUCGAAAGCCCAAUCGUCCCUAGACAGCUGGAAACAGCAUAUUGUUUCCAAGAACCCGAGAAUGGAAAAUUGUCGCGCAAUCUUGAGCAGCCUUGUUCAAACCUUGAAUCUCCCCAAGGUGAAAAACUCGGCCAAAGGAAAAGUCUUGAUGCGAGCUCUAUACGGUGUAAAGGUCAAGACUUUAUACAUUUCCGGUGUUUUUGCUGCAGCAUUCUCAGGUUCAUCGCAAAAUCUGUUGUACCUUACCGUCUCAAACGAGCUGCCAUGGGCACAAUCCUUCAUGGAAAUGCAGAACACAAUGAACGCAGAAAUCAAGAACAUAUUUUUAUCAGACGGGUUAACAGUUGUGAAAGAGCUCGGGGCAGUUGAUUCGGGUGUGAAGAAGCUUUACCCUGCGAUCCAACAAGGGUCGCUCGAUCCCAUUUCUCUGCAGCCAUUGAAGGACUGUGUCACAGAAUUGGCGACUGGUCUAGAUCUUGUUUCGAAGGAGGUCGAUUGCUUCUUCAAGAUUCUGUUAUCGGGGCGAGACACUUUACUAGAGAACCUCAGGUCGAUCGGCGCAUCAACGGUACUGGCGACAUCACCCAAAAAGGCUGCCGGAAAAAAUUACAGAGGAUUCUGAUACAAUGUUCUUGUGUGAAUAGAUGGUAUAAGUGUUCCAUCUUGGUCGUCGUGAAUGUAGUAUUAGGUGCUUGUGAUAUUUGGGUCGAUUGUAUGAGAUGCAAUGAAACUAGUAUUUGUAUAAGUAAAGGUUUUAUUAACAUAUCUCUAAAGCCGUAUAAUGAUGUAUUAAAAAUUCCUGAAAUAGAAGCUAUGAAGAUUGAAACAA